CAUGUCUGUUUGUCGGUAUCAGGGUGUGUUUGAGUGGCUCUGAAGACUGUUUCUAAAGACUGCUUGUUUUGUCUCAGUGUUGAAGAGACGAAAAGAAAGAUGUCUGGAACACGUGCACUUUGCUGUCAUGUCACCACAGCGACCCGAUCAUUUGCCAUCUUGUAUCUGAUAGGUAAUGUGCUGGAAAUGGCGGAUAUCAUUCGAACAGUUUCUUGGGAGAAAGCUCCAUACGAUGUGCCCUAUCAUGAAUUAAAGUCUACCAGGGGCCAUCGUGUCUUUGAUAUCAGCACUAACAUUCUGACGCUGGUUCUGAUGUCGAUCUCUGGUGUGCUGGUUCUGUUCUCUCACCGCAAGGGCCCAUUUUUUGUGCUGCCUUUUGUGCUGAUGAUGUUUGUGGAUUUGGGUCUGAGUUUUCUCUCCCUGUUUGAUGGAGCCUGGGGACUGCCAGGGACCCCCAGCUACAAAGACUUCCUGCUAGUUGCAAAGUAUUAUAGAGGAGUCAAUAGGUUCGAUGAGGAGGAGUUAGGCAAUGUCACCAUGCUGUACACUGUUCUGUUCAUGCUGAACAUCUUGCUGAAGGUGUACAUCCUUCAGGUGUCAAUGAGGUGUUUUUAUGCCCUGAAGGCAGAAAGGACUGCUGCCAUCCAUGUUGACACUGGAAAUACUGUGACAGUGAAACUCCCUUCCUAUGAUGAAUCUCUCAAGAUUAAAGUGGAAGACUCACCUCCAUCCUAUGCAGAGCUCUGAAAUGAAAGUGUAUUUCAGACAUGGUUUUAUGACCCAAAAAGCAAGAAACCCUUCUAAGCUUACAAGCAGCUACACCACAAUGAGCACAAAUAUUCAGAUGCAUGUGAACAACCACACACAAAACAUAAAUGCUUAAAUGCUUGCUUUGACACAUUAAACUUAAUUAAUUAUGUA